GUUAAUUUUUUUUUUUAAAGUAACCUGACAGAAUGAAUGAUUCUUUCAAAUUUUCUUCCUCUUUUUCUCAAAUUUCACAGUGUUUUGCAUUUUAAAUUCCUUUUUUGUGAUCAGUAUCUUGUAUAGUUCAGAUUGAAGAUUCCAACAAAGAAAAAAGAAAAAAAGAAGAGGGAAGAUGUUGGAGGAUCAAGUGGCUUACCUCUUGCAGAGGUAUUUGGGGAACUACGUCAGAGGUCUCAAUAAAGAAGCUCUUAAGAUCAGUGUUUGGCAAGGAGAUGUGGAGUUAACAAACAUGCAACUGAAGCCCGAGGCACUCAAUGCAUUAAAACUGCCAGUGAAGGUCAAGGCAGGAUUUCUUGGAUCAGUUAAACUUAAGGUUCCAUGGAGUAGGCUUGGUCAGGAUCCAGUUUUGGUUUACUUGGAUCAAAUUUUUCUGUUAGCUGAACCUGCAACUUCAGUUGAAGGUUACAGUGAAGAUGCAAUCCAAGAAGCUAAGAAAAACCGAGUACAGGAAAUGGAAAUGAUGCUGGUGGAGAGGAUGCAUCAUUUGAAGUCUGAAAUGAAUAAAUCAUGGUUGGGAUCCCUUAUCAGCACAAUAAUUGGUAACUUGAAGCUCUCCAUCUCAAAUAUUCACAUCAGAUAUGAGGACCUUGAGAGCAAUCCUGGCCACCCUUUUGCAGCAGGCCUUACACUGGAGAGACUCUCAGCUGUAACAGUUGAUGACAGCGGGAAGGAGACUUUUGUUACUGGUGGUGCACUGGAUCAUAUACAGAAGUCUGUUGAACUGGACCGACUUGCUGUGUAUCUAGACUCUGAUAUAUUACCUUGGCAUAUCUAUAAGGCGUGGGAGGAUUUGCUUCCUUCUGAGUGGAUUCAGGUUUUUAGAUUUGGUACAAAAGAUGGCAGACCAGCUGAUUAUACUAUAGAAGAGCACACCUACAUCCUACAACCAGUAACUGGAAAUGCAAAGUACUUGACUCGACAAAAUGGAUCUUCUGACAGUGGAGAGCCUCUCCAAAAAGGAGCAGUGAGCUUGGAUGAUGUGACCCUUUGCUUGUCAAAGGAUGGAUACAGGGAUAUUCUUAAAUUGGCUGAGAACUUCACUGCCUUCAAUCAGAGGUUAAAAUUUGCUCAUUAUCGUCCAACCGUCUCUUUGAAGUCGGAUCCAAGGUCUUGGUGGAAGUAUGCUUAUAAAGCUGUUUCUGACCAGAUGAAGAAGGCUAGUGGUAAACUGUCGUGGGAGCAGGUUUUGAGAUAUACAAGGCUGCAGAAGAAAUAUAUAUCCCUAUAUGCAUCCCUGCUUAAAUCUGAUGUGAAUAGGCCAGUAAUUGAUGACUGUAAAGAGAUCGAGGAGCUUGAUCGUGGACUUGAUAUUGAACUUAUAUUGCAAUGGAGAAUGUUGGCACACAAGUUUGUUAAGCAGUCGAUAGAAUCAGAAAACUACUUGAAGCAGCAGAAAGCUAAAAAAUCAUGGUGGUCAUUGGGAUGGGGUAGUCAAUCUGUUAAAGAUGACAGUGAAUCAUUCAGUUUUAGUGAAGAGGACUGGGAGCGAUUAAACAAAGUUAUAGGGUACAAGGAGGAUGACGACCAUUCAAUUAUUAUUAAUGCAAAACCUGAUGUUCUUCAGACUUCUUUGGAAAUUCACAUGAAACAUAACGCUUCAAAGCUUCUAGAUGGGGCCCAUGCAUGUCUUGCUGAAUUAUCAUGUGAAGGCCUUGAUUGUUCCAUUAAGCUCUAUCCAGAGACAAAAGUAUUUGAUGUGAAAUUGGGAUCGUAUCAAUUAUCUUCUCCCAAUGGUCUUCUAGCUGAGAGUGCAACUACAUCUGAAUCUUUAGUUGGGGUCUUCUGCUACAAGCCAUUUGAUGCCAAAGUAGACUGGAGCCUGGUUGCUAAAGCUUCUCCAUGUUAUGCAACUUAUCUAAAGGAAUCCAUUGAUGAAGUUAUCAACUUUUUUGAAAGCAAUACAGCUGUCAGUCAGACAAUUGCAGUGGAAACUGCAACAGCAGUACAGAUGACAAUUGAUGGAGUCAAACGGUCUGCUCAGCAACAAGUGAACAAGGCUUUGAAGGACCAUGCUAGGUUUCUGCUAGACUUGGAUAUUGCAGCUCCUAAGAUUACGAUUCCAACUGAAUUUCGACCCAACAACAAGCAUUCAACAAAACUUCUUCUUGAUUUGGGAAAUUUGAUCAUUCGUUCACAGGAUGACUAUGCACGUGCAUCUUCUGAGGAGCUGGAUUUGUAUUUGCAGUUUGAUUUGAUUUUAAGUGAUGUAUCUGCUUUUUUGGUUGAUGGUGAUUACCAUUGGAGCCAAACCUCUCUAAAUAACUCUGCAACCUUUCAUAACGUUGAUAUUGUUAGUUUCUUGCCUGUUAUUGAAAAAUGCGGGGUAAUCUUGAAACUACAGCAGAUUCGUAUAGAGAACCCAUCAUACCCUUCAACAAGACUUGCCGUGCAGUUACCAUCAUUAGGUUUCCACUUUUCUCCCGCUCGGUACCAUAGAUUGAUGCAAGUAAUUAAAAUCUUUCAAGAGGAGGACGAUGACAGGCCAGAUGUCUUUCGUCCUUGGAACCAGGCUGACUUUGAGGGUUGGUUGUUUGUUCUUAGUAGAAAGGGUGUUGGAAACAGGGAAGCUGUAUGGAAGCGGCGAUACUUGUGCUUAGUAGGGCCUUUUCUGUAUGUACUUGAAAGUCCUGGGUCUAAGUCAUACAAGCAAUAUGUCAGCUUGAGAGGAAAACAGGCGUAUCUAGUUCCGGCAGAGUUGGCUGGUAAUAUGGAAUCUGUAUUGGCUGUUUGUGAUGCCACACUGUCAAAUAGCAAGGCUGUGGUGGAAGAUGUGAAUGCACUAAUAUUACAGUUUGAUAAUGAUGAUUCAAGGAAAACAUGGCAAAGCCGCCUGCAAGGAGCUAUAUAUCAUUCAUCAGCUUCUGCACCUUUUACUAUCUCUGAAACUUCAUCAGACUCGGAAACAGAACCCAAUGAGAAGCAUGAUGCAUUUGAUUUGCCGAUGAUAGAAAGUGUUUUUAUAACUGGUGUUCUUGAUGAGCUUAAGAUCAGUAUUAGUUAUAAUCAUCAGCAUGAGCGGAGCUUCAAUAAGGUGCUUCUUGCUGAAGAGCAUCCACUAUUUGAAUUUCGAGCAACAGGUGGUCAAGUUGAGCUUUCAAUAAAAGGGAGUGAUAUUUUUAUUGGCACUGUUCUGAAAUCUUUGGAAAUUGAAGAUUUGAUUUGCUGCAGUACUGUGUCGAAGCCUUGCUACUUGGCAAGAUCUUUUAUACGAAGUGCAGAUGUACAUUCAGUAUUGGACGAUGGUGGGAUUGAGUUGUUCCCAAGUGAAGGAGAUGAAAAAUUUUAUGAAGCCCCUGAAGAUUUGAUUGAUUCUGCUGAGUGCACAACAUCCACACCUAGAAAAUCAUCUGAGUUAGUUAGUUUGCAAAAAUUUCAGAGUUUUAGUCGAGUAACUGGUUUACUCCCUGAUGAUGAACUUCUUCUGGGAAGGGAGGAUGUUGAACUAAUUGAUACAUUAAACAGUUUUGUAAAAGCACAAAUUGUUAUUUAUGACCAGAACUCUCCUCUGUACAACAAUGUCGACAUGAAGGUCACUGUGACUCUGGCUACUUUGUCAUUUUUCUGUCGUAGACCAACAAUCCUUGCCAUUAUGGAAUUUGCUAAUGCUGUUACUAUUGAGGAUGAUAGCUGCGAGUCUAUUAGUGAUAAUUCUUCUGCAGUUGGUGUGAAACAUGAUAUUUCCAGUGAAGAUCCUACUGACAAUCCACAGUCAACCAGGGUGGAGGAGCCUGUGGUCAAAGGUCUGCUAGGAAAAGGAAAAUCCAGAAUUAUUUUCAACUUAACAUUAAAUAUGGCUCAUGCUCAGAUUUUGUUGAUGAAUGAAAAUGAAACUAAGUUCGCUACUUUGUCGCAAGAAAAUCUGCUUACUGAUAUAAAGGUGUUCCCAUCCUCUUUUAGUAUAAACGCAGCAUUAGGAAAUUUGCGAAUAAGUGAUGACAGCCUCCCUGGCAAUCAUAUGUACUUCUGGAUCUGUGAUAUGAGAGAUCCUGGAGGCACUUCAUUUGUCGAGCUGGUUUUUACUUCAUUCAACAGUGAUGAUGAAGAUUACCAAGGUUAUGAAUAUAGCCUGUUUGGCCAACUUUCUGAAGUACGCGUUGUUUACUUGAAUCGCUUUGUGCAGGAGGUUAUUAGUUACUUUAUGGGUCUUGUUCCCAACGAUUCAAAAAGUGUAGUCAAAUUUAAAGAUCAAGUUUCAAACUCGGAGAAGUGGUUCACCACUAGUGAAAUUGAAGGAUCACCAGCUUUAAGGUUGGAUAUUUCACUAAGGAAACCUAUAAUUUUGAUGCCUCGCAAGACAGACAGCCUCGAUUAUCUGAAGCUUGAUGUCGUUCAUAUUACGGUUCAGAAUACCUUCCAAUGGUUAUGUGGCACUAAAAGUGACUUGAAUGCUGUCCAUUUUGAUAUAAUGACAAUCAAGAUUGAGGAUAUCAAUUUAAAUGUUGGUACUGAAUCAGUUUUAAGUGAAAGUAUUAUUAAGGAUGUCAAAGGGGUUUCUAUUGUCAUCCGGAGGUCUCUUCGAGACUUAAUGCAUCAAGUACCAAGUAUUGAAGCUGCCAUCAAGAUAGAGGAACUGAAAGCAGAGUUGACGAACAGGGAGUACAUGAUUAUUACUGAGUGUGCAUUGUCUAAUAUAUCUGAGACUCCGCAUAUUGUGCCACCAUUAAGCAGUGAUUUUCUGAAAUCAUCAUUGGACGCUGUAGAAGAUGUUAUUCCUGAAAGUGGUGUUGAGCCUAGGACUCCAAAUGGUGAAACUUGGACUGUCAUGAAGGUCUCAGUUGUCAUCAAUCUUGUUGAAAUGGGCUUAUAUGUUGGGGAAGAAUGGCGUUCACCUCUGGCCACUGUGCAGGCAAGUGAUGCCUGGCUUCUCUACAUGUCUAAUACUUUAGACGAAGGUAUUCUAUCAGCAAGUCUUAAGGGUUUCACUGUGAUUGAUAACCGUGUGGGAACCAGAGAAGAGUUUAAGUUGGCAAUAGCAAUGCCAAAGAACCCUCUAUUUUCUGUUGCUAAUACCAAUGACCAGAACAUAUCCAAUGCAAACAAUACAAAAGAGAAUUAUAUCAAACCACGUCCUACGAUGCUUCUUGUUGAUGCGAAAUUUAGUAAAUUGUCAACAUCUGUUUCCGUUUGUAUCCAGAAGCCUCAGUUGCUUGUAGCACUUGAUUUUCUGCUGGCACUUGUCGAGUUCUUUGUUCCAACAGUUGGCACCAUGAUGACAAAUGAAGAAGAUAAGAAGUCCUUGCAUAUGGCAGAUGCUAUUAUUCUAGAUAAACCAACAUACGCACAGCCAUCUGCUCAGUUCUCACUCUCUCCUUUGAAACCUUUAGUUGCUGAUGAUGAAAAGUUCGAUCAUUUUAUUUAUGAUGGUAAUGGUGGAGUAUUGCAUUUAAAAGAUAGGGAAGGAGUUGAUCUUGCUGCACCUAGUAAUGAGGCUUUGAUAUAUGUGGGAAAUGGGAAAAAGUUGCAAUUUAAGAAUGUUCUUAUCAAGAAUGGGCAUUAUUUAGAUUCAUGUAUUUCCCUGGGAACCAACAGUGGCUACUGUGCUUCGAAGGAUGAUCUGGUCUACUUAGAGGGAGGAGAGGAAGAUCUUGAAGUGGAUACUUCAAGGGAAAUUGCUAAUCACAUCACACCUCAAAAUGCCGUUGUUGACAGAUCUGCAGAGUUUAUCAUUGAGUUUCAGGCAAUUGGUCCAGAACUGACCUUUUAUAAUGCAUCAAAAGAUGUGGGAGAAUCUUCAGUCUUGUCUAACAAACUUUUGCAUACCCAGUUGGAUGCUUUUGGAAGGCUUAUUCUGAAAGGUGAUACUGUUGAGAUGACUUCAAAUGCUCUUGGCUUGACAAUGGAGAGUAAUGGAGUCAGAAUUUUGGAGCCUUUUGACACCUCCAUUAAGUAUUCUAAUGCAUCUGGAAAGACAAAUAUUCAUUUAUCUGUUUCAGACAUAUUCAUGAAUUUUUCAUUCAGCAUCCUUAGACUGUUUUUAGCUGUUGAAGAAGAUAUUUUGGCCUUUCUAAGGAGAACGUCAAGGGAAAUGACUGUCUGUUGUUCCCAGUUCGACAGAGUUGGAACAAUUAGAAAUCCCAACAAUGACCAGAUAUAUGCCUUUUGGAGAGCUCGUGCACCUGUUGGCUUUGCUGUUCUUGGCGACUAUUUGACACCAUUGGACAAACCACCUACAAAAGGAGUUCUUGCUGUAAACACCAACUAUGUGCCAGUCAAGAGACCCACAUCCUUUAAACAAAUUUGGCCGCCUUUAGAUUCUGGAGGCAUCUCUGAUGAAUUUGAACUCGAUUCCAAAACAUUGUCAAAUGGGGUGCUUGGUGAGGGAGAAAUCUGCUGUUCUGUUUGGUUCCCUGAAGCACCUGAAGGUUAUGUUGCAUUAGGUUGUGUGGUUUCCCCUGGGAAGUUGCAACCACCACCAUCUUCAAUUUUCUGCAUCUUGAAUUCUUGUGUUUCUCCUUGUUCACUCAGGGACUGCAUUACCACCAGUGAUACCAGUCGUCUGGCAUUUUGGCGCGUGGAUAAUUCUCUUGGGACCUUCUUGCCAGCAGAACCAACGAAUCUUAGUUUGCUAGCUAGACCAUAUGAAUUACGCCAUGUAAUUAUUAUGUCUCCUGAAGUAUACCCAAAAGCAUCUAGAAGUUCAGAUAUCCAAACUGCUGUAUCUGGUCGCAUCAGCAAUCAACAGUCAGAUCAUUCAAUUGUUGUAAAUUCUGGUCGGCGGUUUGAAGCUGUUGCUAGUUUUAGGUUGGUGUGGUGGAAUAGAAAUUCAAGCUCAAGGAAGAAACUAUCCAUAUGGCGUCCAUUGGUUCCCCAAGGAAUGGUGUAUUUUGGCGAUAUUGCUGUUCAAGGGUACGAGCCUCCAAAUACAUGCAUUGUUCUUCAUGAUGCUGAAGAUGAAGAUCUUUUCAAAGCACCUUCAGGCUUCCAGCCAGUUGGACAGAUAAAGAAACAGAGAGGAAUGGAGAGUGUCUCUUUUUGGUUGCCUCAAGCCCCUCCAGGUUAUGUUUCGUUAGGUUGUAUUGCAUCUAAGGGGACACCAAAGCAACAAGAUUUUUGCACAUUAAGAUGCAUGCGGAGUGAUAUGGUAACUGGUGAUCAAUUUUUGGAAGAAAGUGUUUUGGACCCAACAGAUGCCAAGUUUGGCACAGUACCAUUUAGCAUCUGGGUUGUUGCUAAUGACUUGGGGACUUUUUUUGUCCGUGCUGGAUCCAGAAAACCUCCAAGAAGGUUUGCUCUAAAGCUAGCAGAUCCAUAUUUGCACAGUGGUUCAGAUGAUACUGUCAUUGAUGCUGAAAUAAGGACCUUUUCUGCUGCCCUUUUUGAUGACUAUGGUGGCCUGGUGGUUCCAUUGUUCAAUAUAUCAUUGAGUGGAAUCGCAUUCAGUUUACAUGGAAGACCUGAGUACUCAAAUUCUACUGUUAGCUUCUCUUUGGCUGCCAGGUCAUAUAAUGAUAAAUACGAAUCAUGGGAACCGAUUGUCGAGCCAAUGGAUGGGUUUUUAAGGUAUCAGUAUGAUCCUAGCUCCCCUGGAGCGGCUUCUCAGUUACGUUUCACCUCCACCAGGGAUCUCAACUUGAAUAUCUCAGUGUCCAAUGCUAAUAUGAUUAUUCAAGCUUAUGCAAGCUGGAAUAAUCUUGGUGAUAUUCAUCAAUAUUAUAAAAGACCAGAAGCACGUUUUCCAACCUCUGCAACAAGAUCGAUUGUUAAUAUUCACCAAAAAAGAAGUUAUUACAUCGUCCCACAGAAUAAACUUGGUCAGGAUAUUUUUGUUCGUGCCAUGGAGAGGAAAGGUUUCUCGGAUAUUACUAUGAUGCCGGCUGGUGAUACGAAGCCUAUAAAAGUUCCUGCUUCAGAAAAUAUGCCGGACUCUCACUUGAAAGGAAAGCUGUGCAGGAAAAUAAGAACAAUGAUAACAAUCAUUAUAGCAGAUGCAAUGUUACCCAGAGUUGAGGGAUUGAGUUCUCAUCAGUAUACUGUGGCUGUUCGCCUUUCUCCAAGCCAUAGCCUUCCAAGUGAAUCACUGCAUCACCAACAAAGUGCACGGACAUGUGGACGCAUCUCAAGUAACAUGUCUUCUGAUAUUGAAUUGGUUGACUGGAGUGAAAUAUUUUUCUUUAUAGUUGACUCCCCAGACUCAUAUACAGUGGAGCUAAUUGUUGCUGAUGUAGGAAAAGGUGAUGCUAUUGGAUUUUUCUCAGCUCCUCUGAAUCAGAUAGCCAUGCAUACUCCCGAUGGUUCGCAUGAUUACUCCAAUUCCUUAAUGUGGAUGGACUUAUCCUUGCCAGUUUCUACUAAUACCACUCAAGUAGAUGGGAGCAGGAAACAUUCAAGUGGGAGAUUGAGAUGUGCUGUAAUUUUGUCAUCAAAAUCUGAUGUUGAUGAGACAAGUGAGCCCUUUGUCGGUGGCAGAAAAUUCGGAUUCAUUCAGAUAAGCCCUAGCAUGGGAGGACCUUGGACUACUGUGCAACUCAACUAUGCGGCACCCACUGCUUGUUGGCGCUUAGGCAAUGAUGUUGUGGUUGGUGAAGUUAGUGUGAAGGAUGGCAACAGAUAUGUAAAUAUUAGGUCACUGGUUUCUGUGCAUAAUAACACAGAUUUCAUUCUUGAUUUAUGUCUUGUACCAAAGUCUUCCACUCAGAUUAUGGAGCAGCCUACUGAUUUAAGAAUACCUGAAGGUGCUCAACUUGAUUGUAGCAGAAUUCAGACAGAUGAGUUCUUUGAAACUGAAACUUAUGAUCCAAAUAUUGGGUGGGUGGGUUGUAAUGUUCAACUGAAUCAAGAUCAGCCCUAUUGCGGAGGCUCCCAGAAGGAAACUUUUGGUGUCAAGUUACCAUCGGGUUGGGAUUGGCUAGAUGAUUGGCAUUUGGAUACACCAUCUGCUAGUACUGCUGGUGGAUGGGUUCAUGCUCCAGAUGUAGAAAGCCUAAAAUGGCCCGGGUCUGAUGACUCCCCAAUAUCUUUGAAUUCUGCGAGGCAAAGGAAAUGGAUAAGGAAUAGGAAACAAAUAUCACUUCACACAACCAAUGAGAUACUUUUGGGCCAAUUGAAACCUGGAGAUACAGUACCUCUUCCCUUAUCUGCCUUAAAUCAGUCUAGACCAUUUGUUUUCCAGUUGCGACCUUCAGAAUUUGAUGGUUCUAACAAGUAUUCUUGGAGCUCUGUAGUUGAAAAGCCUGGUCAACGGGAGGUUUCUGAAAAAGCUAAGGGCACUUCUGGGAUAUAUGUAUCAGCUCUCACCGAGUCUGAGGAAUUGCUAUGCUGCAACCAGCUAAUUGAGACCUCUUCUAAUGCCUCUGCACAUAAACUAUGGUUUUGCUUAGGCAUACAAGCAACAGAGAUAUCAAAAGACAUACGUUCCGAUUCUAUCAUGGACUGGAGUCUUGUGGUCAAAUCCCCAUUGUCUAUCUCCAAUUAUCUUCCUCUUACUGCUGAAUAUUCUAUCCUUGAGAUGCAACCUAGUGGUCAUUUCAUUGCCUGCUCCAGAGGAAUAUUUCACCCUGGAAGAACUGUAAAUAUUUACAAUGCUGAUAUACGUAAUCCUUUGUUCUUCACACUACUUCCACAGAGAGGAUGGAUGACAUUAAAUGAAGCUGUUCUGAUAUCUCAUCCUUGUGAAAUUCCAUCCAAAUCAAUAAGCUUAAGAAGUUCAAUUUCUGGAAGGAUAGUUCAACUCAUUAUUGAGCAUAAUUCUGACAAGGAACAAACAAUUUUGUCAAAAAUAAUCAGAGUCUAUGCUCCUUACUGGUUUUCAGUUUCCAGAUGUCCGCCACUUACAUACCGGCUUGUUGAUAUGGGAGGGAAGAAACGCACAAGAAAGAUUGAGUUCCCAUUUCGUGCUAAAAAAGAAAAUACAGGAAUCAUUGAGGAAAUAACUGAUGAGGAAAUGUAUAGUGGUCACACAAUUGCCUCAUCAUUGAACUUUAAUUUGUUUGGUCUGUGUGUAGCAAUUACGGAGUCUAGCAAUGAGCACUUCGGGACCGCUAAAGAUCUUUCUCCCCUUGCGGACAUGGAUGGCUCUGUGGAUCUCUAUGCUUAUAAUGCUGAUGGAAAAUGUAUGCACCUUUUUGUUUCUGCAAAGCCCUGCCCCUAUCAAUCUGUCCCUACAAAGGUGAUUACUGUCCGGCCAUACAUGACCUUUACAAACAGACUCGGUCGGGACAUAUACAUUAAGUUAAGCAGUGAAGAUGAAUCUAAUAUUCUCCGCGCAUCUGAUACAAGAAUCUCCUUUGUACAUUGUGAGAACGAUGGGACAGAUAAACUUCAGAUAAGACUAGAAGAUACAGAUUGGUCAUUUCCUGUUCAAAUAGUGAAAGAGGAUACUAUCUCAUUGGUUUUGAGGGGACAUGGUGGUACAAGGACUUUUUUGAAUGUAGAAAUACGUGGCUAUGAAGAAGGAUCACGUUUUAUAGUUGUAUUCCGCCUUGGAUCAACCAAAGGUCCUAUCAGGAUUGAGAACAGAACCUUUGAUAGAACAAUAAGUAUUUGCCAAUCUGGAUUUGGUGAGUAUGCAUGGAUCAGUUUAGGAGCUCUUUCAACUACAAUUUUUUCCUGGGAAGAUCCAUAUGGAGAAAAGUUCAUUGAUGUUAAAAUCAAUGGAGAUUGCAAUAACCGAAUCUGGAAAGUCAAUUUGGAAAGUUUUGUGCAGUCUCCUACAGGUGAAGGAGAUCUUGGAAUGCAGUUGCAUGUUUUUGAAAUAGGUAAUAUAAAAGUUGUUAGAUUUACUGAUAAUCGGACAUGGAAGUUGAGUUCACAUGGAGAUAGGCCUCUGAUGGCUGCUGGAAAGCCACAGGUUGAUGUUACACCAAUAGAAGUCAUCAUUGAAUUGGGAGUUGUUGGGGUAUCUCUUGUGGACCACAUGCCAAGAGAGCUCUUUUACGUGUACCUUGACAGAGCCUUUAUAUCAUAUUCUACAGGCUAUGAUGGUGGAACCACCAGCAGGUUCAAGCUCAUACUGGGACAUUUGCAAAUUGACAACCAGCUUCCUUUAACUUUGAUGCCAGUGCUAUUAGCACCUGAGCAGAUGAGUGAUAUUCAUCAUCCCGUAUUUAAGACGACUAUUACAAUGCGAAAUGUGAACUCUGAUGGAAUUCAGGUGUAUCCGUAUGUCUAUAUACGGGUGACUGACAAGUCUUGGAGGCUUAAUGUUCAUGAACCGAUCAUCUGGGCAUUAGUUGAUUUCUAUAACAAUCUUCAGCUAGAUCACAUUCCCCAAAGUUCAAGCAUCACUCAAGUUGACCCAGAGAUACGUGUUGACCUGAUAGAUGUUUCGGAAUUAAGGUUGAAAGUGUCUCUGGAGACAGCACCAGCUCAGAGACCUCAAGGGGUUCUUGGUGUGUGGAGUCCUAUACUUUCUGCUAUUGGAAAUGCCUUCAAAUUUCAGGUGCAUCUGAGGAGGGUAAUACGGAAAGACAGAUUCAUGCGGAGAAGUUCCAUACUUCCUGCAAUUGGAAACCGUAUUUGGAGAGAUUUGAUUCAUAACCCUCUUCAUUUGUUAUUUUCAGUAGAUGUACUUGGUAUGACUAGUUCGACCUUGGCUUCUUUGAGUAAAGGAUUUGCUGAGCUUUCAACUGAUGGACAAUUUCUCCAAUUGCGCUCAAAGCAGGUUUCAUCAAGGAGAAUCACUGGAGUACGAGAUGGAAUUGUUCAAGGAACAGAAGCCCUUGCACAGGGUGUUGCUUUUGGGGUGUCUGGAAUUGUGAGAAAACCAGUGGAAAGUACCAGACAGGAGGGUUUUGUGGGAUUUGCUCAUGGAAUUGGUCGUGCUUUCUUAGGAUUUAUUGUUCAACCAGUCAGUGGAGCAUUAGAUUUCUUCUCAUUGACCGUUGAUGGAAUUGAAGCUAGUUGUUCCAAAUGUUUGGAGGCUUUGACUAACAAUAGCACCUUCCAGAGAAUUAGAAACCCCCGAGCUAUUCAUGCUGAUGGCAUUCUUAGAGAGUACUCUGAGAAAGAAGCUACUGGUCAGAUGGUGCUCUAUCUGGCAGAAGCAAGUCGACGUUUUGGGUGUACUGAGAUAUUUAAAGAGCCCUCUAAAUUUGCUUGCUCUGAUUAUUACGAAGAGCAUUUUAUUGUACCAUACCAAAAGAUACUUCUAGUGACCAAUAAACGAGUUAUGCUAUUGCAGUGUUCAUCUCUCGACAAGAUGGACAAAAAACCUUGCAAGAUCAUAUGGGACGUUCCAUGGGAAGAACUCAUGUCGCUGGAGUUGGCGAAAGCGGGCAGUCAUAUACCUUCUUGCUUACUCCUCCAUCUUAAGAAUUUUAGGAGAUCAGGCUUUGUUAGAGUCAUAAAAUGCAGUGUUGAAGAAGUUGAGGGAACAGAACCGCAAGCUGUUAAGAUCUGCUCGGUAGUGCGUAAGAUGUGGAGAGCACAUCAAUCUGACCCGAACAGCAUUGUGCCAAAGGUUCCUUCAAGCCAGAGGCAUCUGCAUUUAUCUUGGAGUGAGACUGAUAAGAAAGCACCACAUGCCCUGAAGAAAUCCAUCAUUAAAUCAGGAGAGCUUUCUGCAUCAAUUUCUGCAUCUGAUGGAACAAAAUUUAUUGAACACAGUGUAAACUUUCUGAAGAUCUGGAGCAGCGAGAGAGAAGUGAACGGCCGAUGUGCAUUAUGUAGAAAACAGGUCGCCGAUGAUGGUGGAGUAUGUAGCAUUUGGAGGCCCAUUUGUCCGGAAGGGUAUGUGUUCAUUGGUGACAUAGCUCGUGUCGGGAGCCAUCCUCCUAACGUUGCUGCUGUUUACCGGAAAAUUGACAAUCUAUUUGCGCUUCCUGUAGGUUAUGACCUGGUAUGGAGGAACUGUCUAGAUGAUUACACGACUCCGGUCUCGAUCUGGUCUCCACGGGCUCCUGCGGGGUUCAUCUCUCCUGGGUGUGUUGUUGUGGCAGAUUUCGCCGAGCCUGAAGCUGAUUUGGUACAUUGUGUGGCAGAAACACUUGGGGAGGAAACAACAUUUGAGGAGCAAAAAGUUUGGUUCGCACCGGAAUCAUACCCGUGGGGUUGUCAUGUGUAUCAAGUCCAAAGUGACGCUCUUCAUUUUGUUGCUCUAAGAGAAACUAAAGAAGAAUCCGGGUGGAAGCCCACCAGGGUUCGUGAUGAUUUCCAGCCUUUGCAAUCCGAGUAAAGACAGAAGGUGAUGAUGUCGAGCCAAAAACCAACAGGAGAUGUGCCAUGAUUCAUACAAUUGUUUUUCCAGGCCUCUGAGAAUAUUAGAAUCCGAUAGAUAUGUUUGAAUGGUCAAUUCUUUGAUUAUCAACCCUACUGCUCUUUCUUAUGCACGGAGUGAGAUGGAAGAAGUAAUUUUAUUUUA